AUGUCGUGUUUUACACCAAUCAACGCUCAUGAGGUGCAAGAGAAGCGUGCUCAAGCCAGAAGAUGCUACUGGUGUGUUGUCACGGGAUCCGUGGAGGAGUGUUGCAAGCACGCUGAGGAGGCAGACGCAGACUUGCAGCACUGUCAAGGUGAUGACGAGAUGCAGCUUUGCGAAGAGGAAGCUGCAGUUCAGGAAGAGACGGAGGGGACCGUUCAGGCGGAGAAUGAAGCUCCUUCUCAGGCGGCCGCGGAGCCACCCGUCGUCGAGGAAAGAGCCAGUAUGGAAAGGGUCAGCAGGAGCGGCAAGGUCAACAAUCGGAAGACAUGCCCCAUAUGCAGCGGCAAGGAGUACAACAUGAGCAACUUCACGGACCACAUGAAGGUCCACAGGCUGGAAGUGUUGGGGGUACGAGCCCGUCAUCCUUGCGAAUGCUGCAAGGACCCCAGACAGUGUCUCGUGGCUCCUAUUCCCCUGGAUAUCGAGACGUACUCCUGCAUAUGUUGCCUCAGGGCCCAUAAGAAAUGCAGCUUCAAUGGGCUUAAGGGGCGGGGUGAGAAAUGCAAGCCUGGAGUACAUCCCGCUCUGGAGCGCCGAAUAGAUUUGUAG